GCCAAGUGGACGACAUCGCCCGUCCGUCGCCACUCCCGCCAUUGCUGCGCUGCGCGUCAUUGGUGCGCGCUGAACGAGAGCGGUCGCGCGCGCCGGUUGGUCGCACAGGCGGUUAGUCACUGUCGAGUUUCCGUGGCGUUUGCUCGCAGUUGCCGGGAUCUCCGUUUAAUUAUUCACCAGUGAGAGGCAGCCUGCCGACCUCAACGCGUCGAAAUGGUUCACGAAGCGGAAGUCUAUCACGUUCAGAACGCUGAAGACUUGACCACCAAGCUUCAGGAAGCAGCUGAAAAGUUGGUGGUAAUUGACUUCUUUGCUGUUUGGUGUGGACCAUGCAAGAUGAUCAGUCCAAAAAUAGAAGAACUAGCAAAGGAACUACAGGAUGUUAUCUUCCUCAAAGUCGAUGUGGAUGAGUGUGAAGAUAUUGCUACAGAAUAUGACAUAACCAGUAUGCCCACAUUUGUUUUUAUAAGAAACAGCAAGGUGCUGGAGGCCUUUUCUGGUGCAAAUUAUGAUAAACUUAAAGAUACAGUACAAAAGCACAAGUAAACCACUCUGUCACACGAUUGUUUAAAUAUAUUAUAUUUUUAAGCAAGAUUACCUACUUAAAUAGUAUUGUUUCACACAAAAAUAAUACAUAGGAACAAUUCUUUGAAUAUAAACAAAAUUUUAUUUGGCUUCAUGCACAUAUUAAUGCGCCUUCUUUUCAAAGAAGAAACGAAGUCAGUUUUUCCGUAAAAGAAGAUGUAAUCAGCUUAUAAAUAUAUAUAAACAAUAUAUUGAGUAAACAGGAAAGAGCAGUUUAUAAUGUUUGCAUAUAACAAGUUAUUCAAAUUUAUUCAUGCAACUGCAAAUAAAUACUACGUAAAAUUAAAGUUGUAAUAAUGUUAAGUGUGUUAUAGAAAGUAUAAUAUGCUACAAUUUGCAUGAUUAAAUAUGCAUUUGUAAAUGUACUAGCGUAUAUUUUAUAUUUAUUGUUUCAUAAAUAUCAUUUAGUUGAUACUGCUAAAGACAACCUACAAAAUCAAUGGCCGUGAAAGCCUCAAAUUUAAUACAACCUACAAAAUCUUAAAAAUGUGAUUGCUUUUUGAACAGUAAAUUUGAUCAAUGAAUGAAAUAAUUUAAGGAGAUGUAAAUGUAUUUGAGUAUAUUUGUUAAACGCAAGAACAUAAUUAAACUGAAUGCCAAAUAAGA